AGCCUGCGGGAUAUAAGGCGCAAGGCGAGCCGGGACUCGGUCUACACCAGGGUCCCGAGGAGCGAUGGUCACCCGGGAUCGAGCCGAGAAUAGGGACGGCCCCAAGAUGCUGAAGCCGCUUGUGGAGAAGCGGCGCCGGGACCGCAUAAACCGCAGCCUGGAAGAGCUGAGGCUGCUGCUGCUGGAGCGGACCCGGGACCAGAACCUCCGGAACCCGAAGCUGGAGAAAGCAGAGAUAUUGGAAUUCGCCGUGGGCUACUUGAGGGAGCGAAGCCGGGUGGAGCCCCCGGGGGUUCCCCGGUCCCCAGCCCAGGACGCCGAGGCGCUCGCCAGCUGCUACUUGUCCGGCUUCCGCGAGUGCCUGCUUCGCCUGGCGGCCUUCGCGCACGACGCCAGCCCGGCCGCCCGCGCCCAGCUCUUCUCCGCGCUGCAUGGCUACCUGCGCCCCAAGCCGCCCCGGCCGGAACCGGUAGAUCCGAGGCCCCAAGCGCCGCGCCCACCGCUGGACCCCGCCGCCCCGGCGCCUGGCCCCGCGCUGCACCAGUGCCCCCCACUGCACCAGGGCCCCCCUAGCCCGCGCUGCGCAUGGUCCCCGUCCCCCUGCUCCCCCCGCGCCAGGGAUUCCGGCGCGCCGGCGCCCCUCACCGGACUGCUGCCGCCGCCACCGCCGCCUCACAGACAAGACGGGGCGCCCAAGGCCCCGCCGCCCCCGCCACCCGCUUUCUGGAGACCUUGGCCCUGAGCUUUGGGGGGUGGGGGCUGGGGGUGGGGUAGAGACUCCAGCCCGAGGGCAGCAGAGGGACCCGGGCGUCCGGGCGAGGAGGUGUUGGGGGGGGGCGGCGGGGCGCGCGGGCGCAGCGCGCGGGUGAGAUGUGGUCUAUAUUAGAGUAUCUAUAUAAAUAUAUAUUUCCCUGGUUCCUGUCCCUUUUCCCUACCCCCUUUGCGUCUAGGAUUGUACCCUCUCUGCCCGCAGCCCAGCCCCAGUUCCUUCCCGCGUCCCUAGUGCAUGGAAUAAAGUGGUUAUUAAAUCCCCUUGUGUCCCCGAGCCAGGGGCCUGCCUUUAUCUCGGCGUCCACGCCCAUUUUCUCUCCCCUCUGUCUCCCGCCCCUCAGUCCUGCUCUCCAUGGCCCAAGGCCCGGGGCAGACAGGUAAGUAAAGAAGAGAGCAGAGAGGAGACAGGUUGGAACUGAAACCAGGUGGAAACACUGAGAUAGGGUAAGGGAAGAAGGGAUGGGAGCCUUUAAGUAAAAGCAGAAUGCAGACAAAAAGGAGAAAAAAAAAAGUUGGAAAUAAAAUCGACUCUGGUGGGAUUCGAACCCACAACCUUUGAAUCGCUCGUUCGUCACUAGAAGUCCAAUGCGCUAUCCAUUGCGCCACAGAGCCACCUGGCGGGCGGCACCGUCUGACAGCUUACGGGUACUAGUAUGGGAAAGGGGAGGGGGGAGGGGAAGGGGUAAGGGAUUUGGGCGGGGCGUGCCAGGAGCGCGUGGUUCCGGCAUCAGAGGCCCGUCAGGGAGAAGUAGCCUGCGCAAAGCACGUGAGCCAGGUGGGAGUGUGGGCGUGCAUGGGUGGAAGAAACGGAGAGAGAGCAAUGCAAUACGAGCGAGCCAGCGAGUAGAGCUCUGGCAGCCUGCUUGGGGGAUGUUUCCAGCCCAGGCGCACCUCACUCCCAUGUGGCCCCACUCAUCAAAAUAAACUUGUUUUCUUGUAAAUU